AUGGCGGCACCAAUAGCAGUAGUGGCUAUUUAUGUAUAUAAUAUUAUAAGCUUUAUUCAAUGGGGUAAAAAUAUUAUUCAAAAAAUUUUCAGUAAAGAAACAACUACAACAACGAUUGCAUCUCGAAUAAUAAUCGAAGAUACUACAAAAUUUGAUUAUGAAAAUUUAAAGCCAAAGAAACAAUAUAAAUCGAAUGAUCGAUCAGCUUCGUCAAGUUCUGGUUCAUCUAUUAGUUUCGUACUCAUUAUUGCAAUUAUCCUUGCCGUUGUAGCUUUUAUUAUCUAUCGAAAACGAAUUGAAACUAAUGAGAAUAAAUUCAGUUUUGAACAAACUGAAAAAUAUUUUGAAACAUCACCUAGUCCACCAACAUCAGAAACCGAACCAAAUCAUUCAUCAAUGUGGUCAACUAUUCCUUCUUCAUUACAACGAUCGACAUUAACUAUUGUUUGA